AUGGUCGCUCCGUUCAGAGAAACAAGCGCUCAAGCACACGAACAAGUCGCGCAAAAUGGUGGUACUCUUCAUCGGUACUUAAUUUGUCAAAUCAUCUACCCUGCAACUUCCCGAGUCAUGCGGCGGAUGAAUUGUAAGGAAGAACGCGCUGGUUAG